GCUACAAGCCGCACGCCGUGACGCAUGCCUCGGACUACUUCGACCAGCUGUACGCGUGGGCCGUGGAGCUCAUCCGGCGGGGCCACGCCUACGUCUGCCACCAGAGGGUAGAAGAAAUCAAAGGCCACAACCCUCCGCCCUCCCCGUGGCGGGAUCGGCCUGUGGAAGAGUCACUCCUCCUCUUUGAGGGGAUGAAGAAGGGGAAGUUUGAGGAGGGGGAGGUCACGCUGCGAAUGAAGCUGGUGAUGGAAGACGGGAAGCUGGACCCUGUCGCCUACCGCAUCAAAUACAUGCCACACCACCGAACCGGGGACAGAUGGUGCAUCUACCCCACGUACGACUACACGCACUGCCUGUGCGACUCCAUUGAGCACAUCACCCACUCGCUCUGCACCAAAGAGUUCCAGGCCCGGUGAGGCGGGGCCAGCAGAGCUGUGUCUCCUCUGCGGCUGUGGGGAGCUCGCUGUGA